AUGGAGAGAGAUAGAUUACUUUCACCUAAUUUAAUUAAUACUGAAUCUUAUUUUGAGGAAGAAGAUCCUGGCGAAGUUAAUAAUGGUGUUAGUACAGAUACAGAACAACUAAAUAUAAAUGUUACUUCAAAACCUCUUCAUCUACUUAAAGAUUGCCCAACUAAGUUAAUUGAAGAAUUAGUUAAGAUCUUUGAACUAUUCGACCAAGCUACUGAAGCAUUUAGUGCUGAAAAGUACCCUACAUUCGAUAGUGAUAGUGAUAAUGAAGAAGCUCAAACACUAGAAAUUUAUGAUAUCCAAUUGAUAAUUGCUUGUGUUAAGCAAGCAAUUUAUAAUUCUCUUUGGAAAUAUUGGGGUAAACCAAAGUAUACUGGUCUUUUAGCUAUUUUACUUGACCUUUGGCUUAAAAAAAUGUGUUUUUGGCCUAGUUAUCUACAUGAAAAAACAAUAAGAAUAUGCUGUAAAGAACUCGAUAGCAUUACUGAUACAAUACCUAUACAAUCCACUUCUUUUACCA